AUGUCUUCGCAGACGCAAUUACGUUUGAUUAUCUAUGAGUUCUCGAGGAAAUUUCAAACGAAAUUGAGUACCCAGAAACUGCAUAGCUUUGUUACCAAGUCCCAACUCGCUCGUGAUCCGUUUUUCGCGACGCAGCUUGUUAGAUUCUAUGAGUUAAACGAUGAUCUUCUGUCUGCACGGAAACUGUUCGACGUAUUUCCUGAGAGAAGCGUUUUCCUCUGGAACUCUGUUAUUCGAGCUUUUGCUAAAGCUCAUCGACUAGGUACUGCUUAUUCACUCUUCUCUGAGAUGCUGAGUUCUGAUACGAAACCUGAUAGCUUCACCUUUGCGUGCUUAGCUCGUGGCUUUUCGGAGAGUUUUGAUACUACCGAGGGACUGAGGUGUAUUCAUGGAAAUGCAAUUGUAUCUGGUCUUGGAUUUGAUCAAAUUUGUGGUAGUGCAAUUAUUAAAGCUUAUUCAAAAGCUGGUCUUAUUGUUGAAGCAAGUAAGUUGUUUGUUUCAAUACCAGAGCCAGAUGUUGCUCUAUGGAAUGUUAUGCUCUCUGGAUAUGGAUGCUGUGGAUUUUGGGAUAAAGGAAUCUAUUUGUUUAAUGUAAUGCUUCAUCGAGGAAAUCGACCUGAUUGUUAUACGAUGGUAGGCCUAACGACUGGUUUGAUUGAUCCUAGUUUAUUACUCAUCGCUUGUUCUGUUCAUGGCUUUUGUUUGAAAAUGAAUUUAGAUUCUCAUUCUCAUGUUGGUUGUGCUCUAGUUAGCAUGUACUCGAGAUGCAAGUGCAUAGCUUCUGCUUUUAGUGUGUUUAGAAGCAUCCUUGAGCCUGAUUUAGUUGCAUGUUCUUCUUUGAUAACGGGUUAUUCGAAAUGUGGAAAUCACAAGGAGGUUUUGUAUCUGUUUAAUGAGCUGAGAAUGAGUGGUAAGAAGCCAGAUUGUGUUCUUGUUGCGAUUGUACUAGGGUCUUGUGCCGAGUUAUCGAAUUCGCUCUACGGUCAAGAAGUGCACAGUUAUGUUAUUCGACUAGGACUAGAACUGGAUAUAAAGGUUUGCUCUGCUCUUAUAGACAUGUACUCAAAAUGUGGGAUUUUGGAUUCCGCGAUGGCUCUUUUCGCGGGAAUUCCAGAGAAAAACAUUGUUUCUUUCAACUCCGUUAUUUUGGGUCUUGGCUUGCACGGAUUUGCUUCCUCUGCGUUUGAAAAGUUCCACGAGAUGCUUGAGAUGGGAUUGAAACCCGAUGAGGUCACUUUCUCUGCUCUUCUUAGUACAUGUUGCCAUUCUGGUCUUUUACACGAAGGUCAAGAGAUCUUCAUGAGAAUGAAGAGUGAUUUUGGUGUUGAGCCAAAAACAGAACAUCAUGUUUACAUUGUAAAGCUUCUGGGAAUGGCUGGAAUUUUGGAAGAAGCAUUUGAUUAUGUAAUGUCUUUACGAAGACCGAUUGAUUCAGGGAUUUGGGGAGCAUUAUUGUCUUGUUGUGAAAUUCAUGAGAAUACUCAUUUGGCUGAAGUUGUAGCAGAGAAGAUUCUGGAGAGUGAAGAAGAGAGAAGAAGUGUUUACCAAGUUAUGCUCUCUAAUGUGUAUGCAAGAUAUGGGAGAUGGGAUGAAGUAGAAAGGCUUAGGGAUGGAAUUUCAGAUAGCUCUGGAGGUAAAUUGCCAGGCAUAAGCUGGGUAUAA